UCGCUGUGUUUGUACGUCACUCGGUGGCGCGCUGUGAGUCCACCUUGUUGAUUUCUGUUAUCUGUGUACGUCUAGCGGCGUUAAAUGAGGCCUAAAAUCUGCCUUGCUGUGGAUUUAAAUUAACGCAAAAUGUGGAUAUUGACAUCGCUGCAGCCCGGAGGUCAGAGCCACCACCUCCUCUCCAGUAAAGAUUACAUAGUAGGCCGCAAGAACUGUGACAUCCUCUUACCUAAUGACCAGUCCAUCAGCAGAGCUCACGCUGUGGUCACUGCUACCGACCAGACCCUCACUGUUAAGGACACCUCAAAGUAUGGCACAUUUGUCAACAGUCAGCGUGUGGAGACGGACACACCAGUAAAUGUGUCAGUCGGAGACAUUGUCACAUUUGGAGUGUUUGACAGCAAAUUCAGUGUGGAUCAUCAGAAAACACUUGUUUGCUCCUCAUGUUUGGACAACGAUGGCAAAGCAUCACUCUCUCAGGCGCUGGUGGGUUUGGGUGGAAAGCUGGUCAACACCUGGAGCCAGGACUGCACUCACCUGAUCAUGCCUACCGUCAAAGUCACCGUCAAGACAAUUUCUGCUCUGCUGUGCUGUCGACCUAUUGUGAGGCCAGAGUUUUUCUCAGAGCUCCACAAAGCAGUGCAACAAAAAUUACCCCUUCCCAAAGCUGAGAGUUUCCUCCCUGAGAUUGAUGAGCCCAGUUUGAAUAAAGAGGACGUUAACCUUGGAGUGAUUUCAGCUCGGAGACACCUUUUCACCCAAAAGACCUUCAUAUUCCUCAAUGCUAGACAGCUAAAGCGUCUGAGUGGUGCAGUAGGUUUUGGAGGUGGCAGCAGUCGGCUGUUGGAGGAGGGCUCUCUGCCCCGGGACCUGCUGGAGUCUCCUCAGAGCUGUGUGGUUGAUGUGACAACAGCCAACUCUCAGACAAUACUUCCUCCCGCCAGCACAGAGUGGGCAAACUCUGUUAAGAACAUUGUUCAAAGAAAAGGCCUAAGGGUCAUCACAGAGUCUGAAAUUGGUUUGGCUGCCAUUUAUGCUUCCUGUGAUAAGUACUGCAAUCCGUCCAGUCUAAUAUCAGACACAGAGUCAGUACAAAAAGUGAAACCCAGAAUCCCAAGUGCUUCCUUGUCACAGACCGCUGCUGUAGAAGAGACGGUUUUACCUGCAGCAUCUCAGAACAUUACAACAUAUGCUGUUAACACUGAGCUGUCAGAAGGGAGGCAGUCGCAUGGUGUGACUGAGGUGACAGCAGUAGGAGAAACUCCAGAGAAGAAACAAAAGGAGAACUCCCGUUUGCUUUGUGGAGCCAAACUCACAGCUAAGCCAACAGCCACUCAGUGUGUUGUGGCAGAAACUAUGAGUUCAUCACUGCGCACAGUUGAAAACACAAACUCACAGAAGAAGAAGCCUGAGUCCAGACUAAGAGUUCCCCAAUUGCCUACAAGUAAGACCAACGGUGGUAUGACAGGUUUCCUACAGAAGCAGUCUCCUCAGAAACAAAAGCUCUCUGCACAAACUUCACCACAAAAACAAUCUACUCUGACGAGUUUCUUCCAAGCAGUCAACAAAAAAAGACCUCUGGAGGAUGAGUGCUCCACAAUGUCAGAGCCAAAGCGGUCUUUACUGGAAUCAUCUAUCAGCGUGAAGGCACCAGAUACAUCGGUCACAUCUAAAGAAACAUACUCACACUCAGACAAAGUCACUGCUGCAGCCUUACAGACCUCAGUUGAGACAAGAGCUGAUCUGUUCACUGGGCGGUCAGACAUGACCAGUCACACUCCUCAGGAGGAACCAGGUAGUAGAAAAAGGAAGGAUAUGGAAGCGGAGAUAGAGAUGGAUGAACUGAUGUCGCUUAUGUCUGAGGAUAUGGACUGCUUUGAAGAGCAAGCACAGCUACCAGUUCAAAGUUCGGCUGGACGGAAGCAGCUUUUAAAUACUGCAGAGGCUUCUUCUUUAAGCAAGAGACAACGAGUCCACAAAGAAGAAAAUGUAACCAGCCAAAAGCCACUGAUGAGCCUUGAAAAGGAUUCAAGUACCUGUACAAGUAAGGACCUGAGACCAAAACCUGAACAACACAUCAUCUCCAUUAAAGAAGAGCCGGUUCAUCUUUCAGAAUACGGGGCAGCAAAUCCUGAUUCCAGUAAAUGUCCAGAAAGAUCUUCGAACAAAAAUAAAGACUUGGAGCUGAUUGAAGAAGAUAAUGAUCCAUCUUUCAUUGAGGAUGCAGAUCUACUCGAGGCAGAUAUUUGCCAGCCUAAAGAAGAGACCAAGACUCCUCUGAAACCUGUGACAGUCAAACAGGAGGCACCUGAGUCACAGAUUGAUGAGAAUCUCCCUAAGAAGCUCAUUUUGGUGGAGUUCAGAUCUUUAACUGUGGGAGCACCUCCUCGAACCAAACCCAAGCCGUUGCAGAGCAAUAGCUAUACGAAGAACUUCAAAUGUUUCCGCAAGAAUCAAGUCCCAGGAGCAGCAGGCUUGUUGCACAUCAUUGGAGGGUCUGAUCUGCUGGUUCACAACAGGGGCAAAAACUCUGAUCUGGAUGAAUGGAUGAAAGACGCAGCUGAGGAGGAGCGCCAGAGCAGGCAGGAUGAGACUGUGGGAGAUGACCUCUUCAGGUACAACCCCACCAAACUGACGAAAAGAAGAUGAAAAUGCCCGCAGAAGUAUGUCACCCUCCAUCAUCAACAUUUAAAGAUCUAGACUCUGGAUGUAAGUUCAUAAAUAGAUAUGUAUAACUGCUAAAGUAUGUGUGUUCCUUAAUACAGCAUCCAUUUAAGUCUUCCAAACUGCUGGCAAAAAACUGCUGUGUUUGCCAUUCUUCUAGCUGUUCUAGAUUUUUUUUUAACUUAAGUAAUUUAGCCACUGGCAGCGGGCAAUGUAACAAAAAAGUCCUAUGUUCAAAUGUUUUGCCUUAAAGUUUUUAUUUAUCAAUAAUAAAAAUAUGGCAUACAAAACAUUAAAAA